AGAAAGAGCACACCCUCACACCCCUUCAUACAGAGCGAUGAAUCCACUCCUGUUAUGAUACUAAGAGAAUGCAGUUUCACCCAGGUGCUUGUUACUGGAGAUAUCCUCGUUUCUUAUUGAAGGAGAACAGAAGGAUCUCAUUGAUUUGGUGUUUAGCUUUGUUAAACACACUUUUCAGGUGUGCAUCGACUUUAAGAAUAGUAGCUUUGUUUUCUUGAUUUAAUGGAUGAUUUUAGUGAUUUCUAUAGCCCAAAAUCAUUCAUGAAUUUUCUUCCACAAGGAAAGCAAUGACAAAUUCCAUGCUGAAGCCUAUGAUGCUUUGAGCAAAAUUUUGGAGGUAUGUUUGUGUGGUAUCUCCAUUCAAGAUAUAUUCUUACUGGAAGUGAAUGUUUUUCUGUCAUCUCUAUUAUGCUGGUGCAUCCAUGGUUUUGUUCAUCUCAAUAUUUGCAGUUGAUUGAUUUACUAAUUGGCCUAAGGACUCCGUCUGAUAUUGCAACUCUGAGAAGCUGCUUUGCCUCUUUCCAUGUUCUGAUGGUUCAUGCAUUAAAGAUUAACUCUGUGGAGGAGAAGGAGGGGGAGGAGGAGAAAGAAGAUUCAAAAACUUUUUUCAUUCUCAAUGAGAUUAUACUUGUCUUAAAGGAUGCUAAGGAGGAAUCUAGGAAGGAAGCUUAUUGA